AUGCAAACUCCACUCAGAAAGGCCCUGGUCCGACCAGGAUUCAGUGCAUUAGAUGUAGGCUACAAUGAUGUUGCUGUCAACGUUGUGGACAACGCUCCUUGUUUGCAGUCAUUGUCAAGUAAACCAGAGCAGCAUGAAGAGUCCAUCCAUAUAUUGAGGCACAAAAAUACAUCUAUGGGAGGCACUUUUAGCAGAAGCUGGAGGAAAUUUGAGAAUAACACACAGAGAAGUGAUAUGGCAGAAGGGAAGAUGUUCAGGUGCACUGGAGUUCAUAAAGUUUACAGCUUGCCUGAUUUGAAUAGGAUUGUUGUGAAAGAUCUUAGGAGUUCAAGCAACUUCAGCGAGUCUGAUGAGGCCUUGUGA